AUAGAAAUCUGCUUUUAAAAUCGCCGUCAACACUAUCAACAGUGAUUCGUUGUACAACAUUCGUCUUGAAUACGACAUUAUAGAAACCACUAAAGAUGUAGACUCGUGUCGUAAAAGAGCCGCGGGUGUUGGUUGAAAAGAGAAUAAAUGAUUGACAAGUUGAAUCAUUUAAUGACAGAGGGGAGUAUUGAUUGUCAAGGGUAAAUAAAGAUUGACAAGUUGAUUUAUUGGUUAAAAUACUUACUGAAUCACAAAUACAUGCAAUCUUCAUUAAAUAUAUAUUUCAGAACUCAAGUCCAUAGACUUAAACGAACGAUAUUUGCUGAGCUUGACAACUUUUUAUUUAGACUCUUUCUUCUAAUGUUGACAUGAUCAUUGGUGAAGCACGUUCGAAAUGUUCUAUUGCUAUUUCCAAACAGACGAAUCACACCUUAGUACCUCAAAUUUUGUACGCGUCGACGUCUUCUUUUCUCUCUGACAAAAUCAAGUUUCCAUUUUUCUUUCGCACUUGUCCGUCCGACGUUUAUCAAGCAAAAGCACAUGGCGAAUUGGUGAAGAUUCACGAGUGGAAGAAGAUGGGGACAAUUGCCGUAAAGGACGAAUAUAGCCGGGAACUUGUACGCCUUACGGAGAAAAUCCUCACUAAAGAAAACAUUGUUUUGGGUGCUCAGGAGCGAAUGAAACAUGGUGAUUACAAAGAUGUUGCUAAUCAUCUAAAAGAGAUAAAGAAGAGUAAAACGGUUGUGAAUCUUGUCAUCUCAAGAACUGACGAGGCUGAAAUGAUAUUUCAAACUGCAAUCGACAUGGGUAUGACGGGUAAGGGUUGGACGUGGCUGGGCGGCGAUGGAUCGACGUCAUCUACCUUCAAACGAUCCCCGAAUCUUCGGAGUGCAAUGCAAGGCAUGGUGUGAACGAGACCAAAAAGUGGAAAAGGCGCCGUUUACGAGAAGUUCCUUAAGGAGUGGAAGAAUAGCGAACGAAAUAAAUAUCCUGGUAUAAUCCACACUUGAAGAAUAGAGCAUGUUUGUUUUUUGUUUUGUGGGUUGUGUGUAAAAAGAUGGCCAUAUUGAAGACAUGCUUUACACUAAUUACUGUUGUUCAUCUUUAACUUUUUAAAAUCGACCAUGACUCAUUUAAUAUGAAUAAUUCAGGUUUCCUGUUAUGUCCCCCAAGUGUUCGAUGCUGUCUUAGCGUAUGCCACUGCCUUGCAACGUCUCUACAAAGUUGAUCUCAUCAACGAGAAAACGAGCCGACGAGUUCUUAGGAAACAUUUGAUCAACGAACUAAAAAAGAUGCGAAAUGAGCAGACUGGUUUUGAAGGCACAACCGGAGGAAGACAAUAUUUCUCGGAAAAACAAGAUGGAGUACCCAUUUACGAUGUUGUUAAUCUUAAUGGCGAGAGUUGGGUCAAAGUAGUUACG